AUGACCAGCCCCAUAACAACUUACGGCCUAACCCCCGUCCCCGCUUCCUCCUCCACUCUCCUCACCACCUCCCGCGGCCCACCCCAACACCCAACCGCCCUCCCCAUAACCGCUCUCCCAAUCCCCUCAACCCCCCUCGCAACCCGCAUAAACACCUAUGCCCUCUCCAAUCUCACUCCACAAACCUACAACCACUCCAGACGGGUAUACCACUACGGCCUCGCGAUAAAGUACCACCGGUUUCCGGAGUGGGAGUUCUCAGACGAGACGUAUUUCUGCGCGUGCAUGUUGCAUGAUAUCGGGGCUACGGAGAAGAACUUGACAUCUACGAGGUUGAGUUUUGAGUUUGCGGGUGGGAUUUUGGCGUUGAGGGUUUUACAGAGUGUUAACCCGGGGACGGAGUUGGAUGGUGGUGGUGUAGAUGUAGAUGGGGAUAUCGAUGCGGAGGAGAGGGUGGAUAAAGGGCGGGAAAUAGCACCGCAGGAUCAAGCGGAGAGUAUUGCGGAGGCGAUUAUGAGACAUCAGGAUUUGUGCGAGAAGGGGAAAAUUACGGCGUUGGGGCAGUUGCUUCAGUUGGCUACUAUUCUGGAUAACACAGGCGCUCACGAAUCCCUCAUUUACCCAUCUACUAUUGAAAAAAUUACGGGACACUUUCCCCGGAUGAAAUGGAGUUCGUGCUUUGCUGCUACGAUUCAACGGGAGAUCAGUCUUAAGCCUUGGGCGCAUAGUACAGUCUUGGGGGAGGAGGAGUUUCCGAAGAAGAUAUUGGGGAAUACACUUAUGGCACCGUAUGAGUAGCUAAGAUGGUUUCGAUAGUGUGAUAGG